AUGACUGGUCUACCUCUUCUCAUUCCCGAUACAGCCAUAUACUGUGAGGUAUGUGUGCAGCGCAGCAAUGCAGAUGCAGUAUGGACAGGCCACGAGUAUGUCAGAGGGAGACCAGAACAAGAUCUGCAGCUACAUGCUGCAGCACUCUUCUGUGGAUGGACUGAUGCAAGGCUGGUGACGACAGCAGUACGGAGUACAACCCCAAGACAUGGUUUUUAUGAGCAAAUCCCAUCCACACCCAUUGAAGCAGCAGGUUUUUGCCUAUGGAAACUUCGCCUGUGCAUGGAAGCCGGCAACAUGGCAGCAAGAAGACCAGCUCCAGGAGAAACCCUAGUGCAUUUCUUUGACAUCAACAGCGAGGCCCCAGGUAAAUCACGAUCAUGGUCUCCCAACACCCUCCCCAUCCGCGCGGUGUUGAACUACAAGAUGGCCCCCUACACCCAAACAUACGUCGCCAUGCCAGACAUCGAGCCUCUGCUCAAGUCUCUCCAUGUCCCUCCGCUGGCCGGUGGCAGAGUGCCUUAUACUCUGCCGGCAAUCCUGCAUAAACCAUCCAUCCAGAACGAGGGUGCGACGCUCAACGACAGCUUUGCCCUUGCCGUUCACCUCGAGACCAUCUUCCCCCCGGAGGCAGGGUACAAGUCUAUCUUCCCCAACGGACAAUGCAGCUAUGCCCUGGCUGUUGCUGUCCUGAAGGUUUUCCGUAGCAUUUUCCCGCCCGUGCUACCCUUUUGUUACCCGGCUGUGCCAAAGUAUCUGGAUGAAAGAAGCCGUGAGUACUUCUACGCUUCUCGGAAACAGAUGCUUGGAAUGACAAUGGAUGAGUUCGAGGCGAAGGGUGAGGCGCUGGAAGAAGCGUGGAAAGCAACCGAGGCCGAGAUUGCGGUUUUGGUGAAGAUGUUGAAGGGACGCCCUAGCCCUAGGAAGAACCGUGGACCAUUCUUCGAGGGAGAGCAUCCCGGAUAUGCUGACAUGGUCUUGUUGGGAUUCAUGGGCUGGUUUCAGAAGAACUCACAGGCCGACUUGGACAGACUUCUGAAGUUGGGAGACGGCGAGCUGCAGAAGGUCUGGGAUGCAGGGCACCAAUGGCUUGAAGCUGAGGGAGAGAACGUGGAAUAUGAGAUUCCGAAAUAA